AGCAGUUCUAUGAAUGUUCAAUUAAAAAAGAAAUUUGGAAAACAGUGGUAUGGGAAAGAUACUUUUCGUAAGCAGUGAGAAAACCUCCCCCUUCUUGGUCGUGUGGACCUGGCAGAUCGACCCAUCGGUGAAUUUAUUCAUUUGCAAAUAUUCAUUUGCAAAAGCCGCAGGUUCCACUAAAGUGAAUUUUAUCCACAUCUGCAUACACUAUGCCAGUUUACAUGACAGCUUGAUAGCUUGUCAUUAGAGGUCGAAAAACCUGUAUACGUUUUUUAUUUGUUAAUCUUGACGACAUUCUUUGUUUCUUAUACACAAUCGACGUACCGAAGUUUUACUUUUAAAAUAUUUAAAUUGCUUUGAAUGGACUCAUGUAUAUUUCACACAUAUUCUGAAAAUGUAGAAAAAUUUGAGCUUCAUCCGUUUCACAAUAUAUUGUUAACAAUUUGCUACAUGGACACGAAACAUUUUUAUUUCUCUUUUGUAUGAAAAUACGUACUAAAUAUUUUAUUCAUUCCUAACAGGUUAUUGUUUACCAAUAACUUAUUAUUCAAUUUGUAACUUCAAUAAGCUUUUAAUAGUAAAUGUGAUCAAGAUCACAGUUUUUUCAUUCACAUAUACAGAAUUCAUUCAAAUAUCAAAAUACAAGUCUUCUUUAAUUAUGAAAAAUUUAUUCAUAUUAUUUUACACAUAAAAUUUUAAUAUCUGAUAAUAUUAUUAUUAAAAAUAUAUAUUUACGAAUUCUUUCUGAUAUUUUUAAAUAAAUGCAAACAAUCAAGCCUGUUCUAAAUUUUUUAUUUUUUGUAAAAACUAGACUACUGAAAUCCGUUUAUAUGUUAUGUACUGAUAUCGUUUAUUUGAUUGUUCUAUAUUGUGUCUAUAAUUACAAGUGAACAAUGUUAAAAUUAUUCUCCGUUUUGUUCAACUGUGUCAGAAUUUCUGUCAAUCAUUGUUCUAAGUUAUUACAUUAUUUUACUGCUAAAACAUCACGUCGCGACAGUUAAUUCAACGAAUAAAGAAUUUUUUAUAUUGACAACACUAUACUGAUUAUCAUUUAAAAUUUGAAUAUUUUUGAUUCUCAUUCACUAUAGCGCUAUCAUGCAAAACCAGCCUUAGUCGGUAUGACAGAGCGUGACAUGAAAAUGAAAAGACCCAAGAAAAGGCCUUUCUCAAAAGAUGGAGAAACUAUUGGAAAAUGGAAUGUAAAAGCAUUGGCUUCUGCAGAAGAAUAUAACCUUGAAGAUUUAAUGCGAGGCCUUUCCGAAGAAAAUUUGUAUAUACCUGACACAAUAACUACGUCAAUCACUUCUUUUCCAGAUGUUAUACAUGCAACGGCAAGGUAUGAAAUAGAAUUUGAACCAAGAGAAGUCUUCUUCUUUCGAGAAGGCACUGUAGUGAUGUGGAAUAUUUCUGAACUUGAAUAUGGCAAUAUAGUCAAUUUUUUAAAGAAAUAUGAAGAUAAUCCUUAUGCAGAGUCUACUGUUCAGUUAGAAAGAGAAACAAUGACAUACACUUAUGCAGAUAGUGGCAAACGAAGUCAUAUAAGCAAUGGAAAUAUAAUGAUAUCAUUAUCUGCAACAAAUUUAGAUAAAUAUACAUUUUCAAAUGCAAUGGCCCAGUCAGUGAAAUUAGGUAUAUGGGAAGCGUCUUUAGAUAAUUAUAUAGAUUCUAUAGAAUUUGUUACCAAGGAUUUGAAAUUGGGUAAAAAACUCAGAAUAAGUCAACAGGAAGUAUUAAAGAAGCAAGGAGAACUAUUUGCUUUGAGACAUUCAAUUAAUUUAAGCUCAGAUUUAUUAGAUACUCCAGAUUUCUACUGGGAAAGAGAAGACUUAGAAACGUUGUAUCAACAAACAUGUUCAUAUUUUAAUAUUACAAAACGUACAAAAGUUAUAAAUGAGAAAAUAAAUCACUGUGUAGAGCUUGUUGGACUUCUGUCUUCACAUUUAAGUGACCGUCAUCAUAUUCGUUUAGAAUGGAUGAUUAUUAUUCUUAUCAUGGUUGAAGUAGCAUUUGAAACAUUACAUUACAUUGAUAGAUAUUUUUCUUAACUAUGUAUAUGAAGUAAUUUAAUAUACAGAUAUUAUAUUAUUUAUAUGAGAUGUAUACUCUUGUAAAAAAAUAUACAUAUGUAAUAUUUUUAAUAUAUUGUACAAAAUAAGUUAAUAUAUUGCAUGAUGAGAUUUCUCUUACUGAUAAAUUAUUCACGUCCUUGUUGACAUUUUAAAGUAGGUUUCUCUGUUUGAUAAUUAAACGUUUUUAAAAAUAAAAAGAAACUGUAAUUCUUGAGGUACAUUUUUCUUAGUUUUUAGAAGUAGAAAAGAGAACUAAGUCACUUAGACUUAACUGGAAUUUAAUAUUACAAUCUAGAGCAAUAUGAACUUAACUAGAUUCAGUUAUUUUAAUUUUCUAUAGAUAUAUGUAAGUAUGUAAGCUUCAAGCAACGCAACGGGCGCAAAGCAUAGCACGUCAAUAAUUGCAAUAUAGGACAAGGAUACCUAUUUAUCCCAAUACAAUACUUCUAAUUAAAUUUACGAUUAUUGACUUAUAAUUGAACUAAUUUAUGAGAAAUUAAACAUACAAAGUCUAUAUACACACGAAUCAAAUUAGUUUCCUUCGAAAUUUCAAAUUUCUUAAAAAUUUCAUUUCAAUUAUUUUAAUUAUGAAUUUGAACAUAAAUUUUUUACUUUUAAUACUUUUUAAUACUUCAGAAUCAUUUUUUAGAUCAUGAUUUCGUAAAUUCCCUCGAGUUUUAAUGUAUAUUUAUCCAAUACAAAAAUCCGGCAUAUAUUUGUAAUAUUAAAUAUCUUUAACUGGUGUCAAUUUAUAAUAUUCAAUAUUCAAAACGUAAAAUGUAUUUAUACAAAAUAUUGAUUCUACACAUACUAUUAAUUAUUUUAUAUUUCAUUUAACUGAUAUACACAUGUGACAUUUUAUUAAUAAAUAUAAAUUUACUGUUUGUUUAUAAUUCGUCAGAGAUGCGCAAAAUGAAAUACUACAUCAAUAAUAAAAAGGUUGAUACAACAUUUAAUGCUUUUUGGGAAUGGACAAGAAAACAAGCUUCAACGUUUUACCGUUAAGAAUGUUAUAACUAAAAUCGAUCUUAUACCUUUUUAACAACAACCUAUCUAUAUAUUCUAGACUUUUAUGAUUGAACGGGCUGAUAAGCGACGAUAUUUUAAACCAAACAAUUGUUUAAUUUAAAAAUAUAGUUAAAAAAUUGUCGAUAAGUAAUUUUGUUUGCAAUACUUAUCUACCUGAAAUACUUUUCUCGUAAAAGACAACUUUGAUACGAUCUGGAAAGAACGUGUGCUGUUCUAUCAAUAAACUUUAGUAAUUACUGGCUCAAAUGUAAACGAAACUCUGUACUGCAGUUUGUUUAAUUUAAUCGUGUCGAAUAUAGUGUAAAUGCUCUCUGGACAUU